GCUGCCAUGAGUUCUUUAAAUGCAAGUUUUUCCAAGAAUAUCUCCAAUGUUCAUCCUGAAUACUUUUUCAUCAUUGGGCUCACAGGUAUAGGGUACAGCAGUUAUUACUAUAUAUUCUUAUUUGUCACUUAUUUUAUAACUGUAAUUGGGAAUACUGCAGUCAUUCUCAUUAUAGUUCUUGACCGGAGGCUGCACAGUGCAAAGUACAUUGGUAUGUUUAACUUGGCCUUGGCUGACUUUGGUGAAGCUAAUGCACUGAUUCCUAACAUGAUGAAGACUUUUCUGUUUGACUCGCAGUACAUCUAUUACAAUGCUUGUAUGGCCAAUAUGUUUUUUGUGUUCCUCUUUAGUACUAUGCAAAGUUUCACUCUUGUUGUUAUGGCGUAUGAUCGCUUAAUUGCAAUUUGUUUGCCAUUGAGAUAUCAUGCAAUUGUCAAUAAUUCCAAUAUGAUUUUAAUUUUCUCAGCAAUAUGGGCUUUUAAUUCUUCUGUGGUGGCCUUGAUGGUGUCUUUGAUUGACCGACUUUCAUUCUGUGAAUCCAAUAUGAUACAGAGUUAUUUUUGUGAUCAUGGACCAGUGUAUAGAUUGGCAUGUAGUGACAUUAGCAAAAAUAAGAUCAUGGCAUAUGUCAUCUCAGCUUUGUACAUUAUAGCACCAAUGGUCGUUAUUGUCUUUUCAUAUCUGGGCAUUUUUCUUGCUUUAAUCAAAAUCACAACUUGGGAAGGACGUUUAAAAGCAUUGAAGACCUGUGUGUCUCACCUGUUGUUAGUAGGAAUUUUUUUCCUCCCCUUGUUCUGCACAUACCUUGCACAGCUCUUGCUUUCUCUGAAUCCUAAUGCCAGAGUCAUCAGCACAUCUCUCUCAUAUGCAAUUCCACCAAUGCUUAAUCCGAUCAUUUAUGUUUUAAACACAGCUGAAAUCAAGGACCUAAUUCGAAAAAUGCUUAAAAACAGAUCUGCACCCAUCAGAGAGAACAUUUCCAAAUGA